GGAAUUGACAAAAACGAGAAGAAGAGGGAAAAAGGAGAGGCUUUUGGAAUGACCCACUUCAUAAAUCCUACUGAUUCUGCUAAAUCUGUUUCAGAAUUGGUUAAAGAAGCAACUGGUGGAAUGGGUGUGGAUUAUUCCAUUGAGUGCACCGGAAUUCCUCCUUUACUUACUGAAUCAUUGGAAGCCACAAAAGUGGGAACGGGUAAAACAGUAGUAGUUGGAAUACCAGCAGAACCAACUGUUCCUUUGGGUAUAAUAACCAUUCUUUUGGGCAGAACUUUGAAAGGUUCAGUUUUUGGGGGCCUAAAAGUUAGAUCUGAUCUGUCCAUAAUUGCUGACAAAUGCCAGAAAAAGGAAUUUCCUCUUGAAGAACUACUGAGCCAUGAGGUCCCAUUAGAAGAUGUUAAGAGAGCAUUCGAGAUAUUGAAGGAGCCCAAUUGUCUGAAAAUUGUCAUCAAGAUGUCGCACUGAAUACAGAACAAGAGACAAAGGCUUCAACAGAGUGCAGAGAUUCACGUGAAACUCUGACAUUUCUAUCAGAGGAUACUUUUAACAUGUGAUUCAGAAAUAUCUCUGUAACAAAUAAAAAAUAGUGGUGUAGAGCACCACUCUUUUAAAAACAUUCUAUGGUAUAUUUUUAUAUAUUGUUAAUUUUUUUAUUCAAUAUAA